AUGACUCGAGCCUGUGCCUCGAGUGCCCCAAACUCCAGUGAAAUCGCUAGAGUAAGGCAGCAGCACCCUCUGCGGCAUCGCGACGGCCCGGCAGCGUCCGGCAUGGUCCCUGUGAGCAGCGCGGCCGUGGUUACCGACCCACUGCGAGCAGCUGGCGUGGUGUAUAAUUAUGACGAAGAAGGCGUUCACAGAGCUGAAACCGGAUGGGAGCAGUGCAUUAGCAUCCCCCUCGUACAGCCAGACAUGUUUGGGCUUCUGCAGCAGUGGGAUAAGCUCCUGGAGGAAUUUUCUGCAGGAGAGGACUGGCUUCCUCACAGGUAUGACGAACACGACCACAAUUGCUACACCUACGCCCUGGCGUUCGUUAACAGCGUGCUAACUGCACAAGGAAAGCAGCAGAUGAGUAAAAGCGAAUUUACGGAGAGAUUUGUGAUUCCCCGGACGAAGCAAGCGUCCAGAUACCUCACUCUGCACCAGGAGCUAACGGCUAAGGAUUUCUACAUCGUACCCCUUCCUGAUGGAGAAAACCAGGGCUGA